AUGAAAGUUGCCGUUUGUUUUUUUAUUGUUUUUGCAUCAAUUUGCCUUUCGACAAGUUUCCCACAAAAAGAUGGAGCCGUUUUUAGUAACGAAGCCAUAAGACAAGCACAAAAUACAUUUUUAAUUCCAAAAGAUGCUCAAAUUCAAAAAGUAAAAGGAAUCGAAGUUGCAGCUUACGAAAACAUAAAAGGAGAUGAAAGCAUCAAUUUAUUUCAAAUAUUGGGAGAUCAAGUCCCACCGGAAGUUGUUAGCAAUUUGCAAGCUCAAGUUGAAAAAAUAGGAAAACAAUAA